AUGCGGCUGGCCAUCGUGUUGUUGAGUUUGGCCUACUUGGCCUCCGCCCAGUCGCCCUUGAAUAAGGCGUGGAACGAGGCACUUCCCGGUGUGAAACCCUUCUGGGAAAAGUACCAGACCGGUCCCCACGGUGUCGUCAUCCGGGGCUGGCAGUUCAGUCGAUGCGCCUCUGAGCAAUGGACCGACUACGUUGUGAACGUGUCGAACAUUGUGAUCUGGCCCGAUUAUCCCCGUUUCCCCGGGCCAAUCUUUUUCAACGUCACCAUGGAUGUUUCGGAGGAUUUGCCGGUGGACAGGAUUGAAAUGGACUUGGAGGUCCGCCACGCCGUCACCUCUCGCUCGGGUUCCAAGGGCUGGCAGGUGAUCCCGUGCCAGGGAUGGAAUAUUGUCGAUGGAUGUGAUGGUGUCGGAUCUUGCCGCUACUGCGACAUGUUGGACAAGUGUAACGAGGCCGUCAAGGGCGCCAACAAGUACGUCACCGAGACUAAGGCCCGUGACUUCUUGCGUAAAAACAAGCUGUGCCCGCCACCAAAGGGCCACUGGACCAUGACUUUUUCUAAGGUGUUCUCAUCGGAAGAUUUGCCGAGAUCUUUCUUCGGGCCUCUUCAAUCUAACGAAUACUGGUUGACGUUCUCGUUCACCGACGGCAAAGACCGAAAAUUGGGAUGUGCUCGACUUUGGGUUGAUGUCUGCAAAUAUCAUCUACAGGACCGACAACAAAAAUGCCUGCGUGACCCGAACGCCUUCAAGAAUUUCAUCAACGAGAUCAGCUCCCAGGCCGAGCAGAUCCGAAACCGAGGA